AUGCAAAACGAUUUAUCACCAAUUCCAUGGCCGAAUACACUUCGUGAUAGUAACGAUAUGCCACCAAAAACAUCCGGCUUUAGUUUACCUUCAUUAUUAAGCAAUGAACCGAUGGAUAUUGAUGUUGAACAUCAUCAAUCAAUUAUUCGAUCGAUUGAACCUGUUCACUUACAAGCACAAACUAAUAAUUCUUUAAAUCAAAAUCAUGCUAUUCAUAAACCAUUGAUGAAGUCAAUAAUUCGAUCACCUGACAAUGAUGAUGAAAAUCCUUCAUUAGAACAAAGGGAACAUAUUUCUAACGGAAGUUUAAUAAAUGAUAAUAAUUCAAUAUUAGAAGCAUCUGGUUAUGAUACAACUCGAUUAGCAGAAAUUGAUUCCGAUGCACAAUAUGCUCUUCAACUUCAACAAGAAGAAUAUGCAAGAGAUAGUUUUAUGCCAAAUCAAAAUUCAUUUUUUCCAUUUCAUAUACAAGAAGGUGAUGAAUCAUCUAUUGAAAACUCACAUCCAUUGUUUGAUACUACUGAGCGACAUUUCGAAAAUGAUGAACAAUAUGCAGCAUAUUUACAAGAACAAGAAAGACGAUCUAGUCAACGACAUCGUCAACGACCAUAUAUUCAAUUUCGACAACAAUCAAAUCCUGAAUCGUCUGAAACUUCAGAAACUAUUGCAACAAACAUUCAACCUAUUCGACCGUUCGUGGGAGUUCGCCAACGACAACCUUCAAAUAGUGAUAAUGAUAAUAGUGACGAAGAUAAUCCUUAUAUGACAAUUUCUAAUCCAAUUUUGCAACUUCUUGCUACUCAAGGUCAACAUUUCCCAGAAAAUUUAGCUUCAAUUUUUCCUGGUUUUCGACCACGUGGUCAUCGUCGUACAGGAAAUCUUCAAGACACUGAAGAAGAUUUUGGCCCUGAAGAUUAUGAACGAUUACUUCAACUUGAUGAUACAAUACAUAAAAAAAAAUUAACUGAACAUCAAAUUAGUAGUAUUCCUAAAGAAAAAUUUAUUCCGAACUCACAUAAUACUGAAGAAGAAAAUAAAUGUGGUGUAUGUCUGGAACUUUUUGAAAAUAGUCAAACAUUACGUCGAUUUCCAUGUAAACAUAUAUAUCAUAAAGAAUGUGCUGAUCGUUGGUUACAAGAAAAUAAUGUUUGUCCCAUUUGCCGAGAACCACCAGUUAAAGUAACACCAUCAUCAUCAAGUCAACGCCAUCAUAAUAGAGUUUUCAACAAUACGAGACGACCAACAUUUAAUCAUCGACCAUUUGGCAAUCGAAAUCAUAAUAAUAAUAAUAAUAAUAAUAAUAAUAAUAAUAAUAAUAUCAAUAAUAAUAGCACUGCUCAUAAUAAUAAUAAUCAUCGAAGAGGACAGCCACCUCAACAUCAAUCGUGA